GUUUCGUACGUGUGCAAGCUGUCGAUGCACACGCUUGUAGGUGGGGUAUGGAUUUUUCUAACGAAAACGCGAUGGACAUGAAUGGAUGAAUUACUGAUAAUGUCUUAUCUGAUUUUCUGGUUAAUAUUUCCCCUCCUGUUCGAUCCCUUAACGAGGUGUGUUACGUUGCCUCGCUCUUAUCCCAUAUCCACGACGAUGGAAGGGACUUCUGACGGGAGUUUAUUCCUGCAGCGUUUGAUCAGGAUAUUUCUCCCAUUUGGUGCAUUAAAUAAUCGAUUAAUUCCACUACACGAAGCGGAUAACCAUCUCCGAAUGACCGCACUUUUCUGGGGCCCUUGGUCUGAAUGGCAACCUUGUCCGGAUCCCAAGUUGUUGUGUGUCCCCUUCGGGAUUUCGCUGCACCAGGGAACUGCUGUGCGCAGAGCUCGCAUGUGCGAGCGACAAGAAUUCAAGCGAAACUCAACGACAAAUACAUUUUAUCGGAUAAACGUCGACAACGAAUUGGUUCCGUGCUCAAAAGAGCGAUCGACAGAACAGCAAAUAAAACACUGCCCAUUGCCCCCUCGAUGUAGUGGCUCGAAUGGACCGCCUGCAGUUAGGGAUGAACAAGGAUUCCAUGAAUCUCGGUCUUCAACCUCCGAACUCAUUUCUACCAAGUCACCAAUCAGAAGUAGUCCAAGUUCUGUGACGUUUGGAAUACUCACUACCACUUAUGAAUCCGUACGUACGGUGGUAAAUCAAACAGAUCUUCCAUCUGAAGAUCCACCUGCUUAUAAAACAGUUCAACCAUGUAGACCUUUGAUACCGAAGGUCGACAAUUUAGCAGAAGGAUUCCCCUGGGAACUAUUACUGCGCUGGGCAGGAAAACCACCAGGGAGCCGCUGUGAGCCUGGAAUAGCGCUACAGAUCGCAGAUCAGUUCAGUAUGCCGAAUCAAACUGUGGGAUUGAGUGAGCCACGUCAGGUUCAUUGUUGGAUAGACGAGAAUUGCAGCUCCACUCCCGGACAAUUGGAACCACCAACCGACUGUCAUUUCACGGCUUUCGUCGACCAACCAUUGAUUAAUAUCAGGUGGUUUCGAACACCUUACGGUGCAGUUCCCAAAGGCUAUCAGAUACGGUGGUUAGCAGUCCAGCCCGCAUCCGCCACUGAUCAUUCUAAACCGCAAAUCAAGGAUGUUAGUCUUGUCGCCACUGAUGCCUGGGGCGAGAUGUACGUGGCUCAGUUGACAGAUCUGCCAAUCGGUCAUACUUAUGAGCUGAGUAUUAGCAGUCAAACUGAGAGCGGGGGCAAAGUCUUCCAUGAAUCUUGCACUGCUGCUGUCCUUGUUGGAGCAGGGGAUGGAUCAUGGUCCCAAUGGUCAGAAUGGAGCCCAUGUACAUCUCGCUGUGCUUCCGUUCCGGGUGUAAGGACCCGUAUUCGCAAAUGUGAUUCACCUCCACCGAGUAAUAAUGGCCGAUACUGUACUGGUUCAGGUCAGAUGCAGUUGAUUUGUUUUGGAGAGGAUAUAAAUUGUUGAGGAGAAUUCAGAUCUAUUGUUUGUUUGCACUGUAUGGUACUCUAAACAGAGGUCCCAACAAAACUAAUAUGAAGUGAGGCACUAAAAACAUGUUUUCGGUUCAACAAAUUGGACACUCCUUAUGGAUAGGUAAUCCUGGAUGAGUUCAACUCUACAACCUUACUUUUCGGCAUCAAU